AUGGUUCUGCAACUUCUCCCAGCCUCGCCAUUAGAUGCCGACCGUAUAGCAACAAUCCAUCUUCAAGCAUUCGAUGGUAACCCUCUCUUACAUGCACAAUUCCCCACUUCCGCGAGCCUCAAAGCCCUACGGUCCAUCCUCAGCCAGGAAACACUCCAUGCCAUCCAGAACUCUCAAGACUCAAAAGCUAUCUUAGUGGUAAAGGAUGCAGAGCUUGAGGUAAACGAGCAGGUUAUCGCUUUCGCGAAGUGGGAUCUGCCAACUGAGGGAAAGGCAGCGUUGCAUGAAGGCAUCACGUGGCCAGAUGAUUGCCAACAUGAAUGGCUUGACCGGUAUCAUGACCUUGCGGAGGCUAUGAAACACAGGAUUAUUUGGGAAGCGAAGUGCUACCGGCUGACGUUUGUUGGCACGGUACCGAAUCAUCAAGGUCGCGGCGCUGGGACUAUUUUGAGUAAUUGGGGUGUCGAGAAAGCCAAACAAGACCGUCUACCAGUAUAUCUUGAGAGCACGAUCGCAGCAUCGUCGCUUUACCGACGGCUAGGCUUCGUGGCCUUAGACGGAUUAUCAAUGGUUCUGCCCGGGAUUGAUCCAGAUGGAAGACCAAAUAUCUACGAAGAAGUGGGAAUGUUGAAGACUUGGGAAGACUCCGAUAUGGAUCGUUGGGACUCGAGUCUCAAUAUCGAGAGUUUACUACUGGAUUACGAGGCAGGCAUCAAGCCUCAACAUGUCGUGCAAGCGGUCUACGAUCGAAUCGAUGCAUACAAAUCUGUUCAACCAUCUGUUUGGAUCUACCUUCAACCUCUUAGCGAGGUAAUGAAAGCUGCGAAUGAGCUUUAUAGGAGAUGGCCAGACGAAAAGGACAGACCGCCCCUAUGGGGAGUUCCAUUCAGCGUCAAAGACAGUAUCAACAUCGCAGGUAUUCCUACCACAACUGGAUGUCCUGCUCUUGCCUUUACCCCAACCACCUCUGCUCCUGUCUAUCAGCAUUGCAUUGAUGCUGGAGGCCUUUACAUUGGCAAGACGAACAUGGAGCAACUAGCCACUGGCAUGACGGGCUGUCGAAGCGUAUACGGAACUCUACAUUCUACAUUCAGCAAAGCACAUAUCGUUGGUGGAUCUAGCAGUGGAAGUGCAGUGACCGUAAGCCAAGGUCUUGUCUCUUUCUCUCUAGGGAGCGACACGGCAGGCUCAAUACGCGUGCCAGCUCUAUUCAAUGGUUUAGUCGGAUUUAAGCCAACCAAAGGAACUGUUUCAGCACGAGGCGUAUCUCCUGCUUGUUUACAUCAAGAUUGCGUCUCUUUCCUCACUACCAACAUCCCAGAUGCCCAAAGAGUAUGGAUUGUGUGUAAGGGUUUCGAUAAGGGCGACUUUUUUGCUAAACUACCCGCUCAAAUACGCUCAGCUCCGCAGACAACGCGCGAAUUGCGAUUUAGCUUCGGCAUUCCACCUACCAGUGCCCUUGAUAUAUGCAGUCCGGUCUAUCGCAAGCAGUUCUCUCAGGUAGUGACAGCGAUCCAGAAACACGGCGGAAAACUAGUCAAUUUAGAUUGGACACCUUUCGAAGCCGCCAACGAACUUCUGUACAACAGUUCGUUUGUCCUAGAACGUAUGACUAUCUUCCCUAAUGGUUGGUUCGAGAAGAAUAAACAGCUGCUGCAUCCAGUCACACGCCAAGUCUUUGAAGGUGUCCUAGCAAGAAAGAGUACGGCUGUAGAUGUGUUCCAAGACUUUCACAAACAGGCAGAAUAUAUACGCAAAGUCCAGAGCAUCUUAACAUUGGGAGAGAAUGUCGAGGAAGGCGUCGAAGAAAUCACACUAAUGAUUGUUCCUACGACACCAUUCCAUCCUACUAUUGAAGAGGUUGGCGAGGAUCCGAUUGCGAUCAAUGGACGACUGGGUACGUUUGCGCAUUUUGGGAAUGUGCUGGACUUGGUUGGUGUUUCGAUUCCAUGUGGGACGUAUGAGAUUGAGGAUGUGGCGGAGGGUAGGAUGAUUACUUUGCCGUUUGGAGUAACGGUCUUGGCUGGGACAGGCUUUGAUGCUGAGUUGUUGAAGUUGGUUGCUGGAUGGGAGGAGUGGUUUGAUGAUUUGGAUGGAGAGAGUGAGGUGGAUUAUCUCUGGAGACCAUAG